AUGACACACCAAUUGAAUGCCCUUCAUCCUGGCUCGAUCGUCCUCAUUACGGGCGUGAACGGCUAUAUUGGCUCCCACAUCGCUAACAUCCUCCUAGGACUAGGGUUUCGGGUGAGGGGAACUGUCCGUUCGCCUAAACCAUGGCUCGACGAAAUGUUUACGGCCAAGUUUGGUGAAGGAGUUUUCGAGACCACCUUACUGAGCGGAUUCGAUGACGUGCCAAGUCUGGAGCGAGUAAUGGAUGGGGUAGCGGCCGUUAUCCAUGUGGCAACCGACUUAACGUUCGGGAGCGACCCGAAAGCAAUCAUUCCCUGGGUGGUUAAGGCCACUGAAAAUAUGCUCGUCGCUGCCGCCUCCCAGCCCCAGGUCAAACGAUUCGUCUUGACUUCAUCCUCGACCGCGGCGGUGAUUCCUGUGGCGGAUAAGCUUAACGUCCGGGUUGGCGAAGGCACAUUCAAUGAAGCUGCGAUAACUGCAGCUUGGGAUCCUGCAACCCCAGAUGACUUUAAAUUCUACGCCGUAUACGCGGCUUCCAAGACUCAGGGGGAGAAGGCUGCCUGGAACUGGAUCAAGGAAAACAAACCCAACUUCGUCUUUAACACGGUACUUCCAAGCUUUAAUACGGGAGAAAUCCUUCACCCAGAGAUUCACGGCUCCACAAUGGGCUGGGUCCGUCUCCUCUUGAAAGGGGAUAAGCUUCUCUUUUCACGUUUCCCCCCAGAAUAUUCCGUUGAUGUCAAAGACACGGCUCGACUCCAUGUUAUCGGCCUCCUCGGCCCCGAUGUCAGAUUUCGAAGGCUCUUCGCUUGGGCGCACUCUGUCAACAUCACUGAUCUCAUAACUACGCUGAGGAGCUUAAGACCCGACAACAAGUUGAUCCCUGAUCCACCGGAAAAUGACGGUCGAGACCUCACGGAAGUCGUUCCCGCUGCUGCAGCGCAACAGUUGUUGAAACAGUACUUCGGUCAGGAUGGGUGGACUGACUUUUCAACGAGUGUAGCUGAGGGCAUCGAGGACUUGGAUUAG